AUGAGGAAAGCAGAGGAUCAAAAUGAGCAAGAAAAGAACUAUAGAGGCAAGAUAAAUGAAAAGAGAUUGAAUAUCAAAGGGGCUGUAGAGAUGACGCAUGAAAGGAAGACUGUGGACCAGCAAAUGGCAGACUUAUUCCAUAACUUUGGGAAGAAAGGAGAAGAUGCACCCUGGUUAUACAGAAUUUGGGACACCAACCAGAAAUUCGUCUUCCCAAAGGAUGGCUCAUUACAAGCAGCUCCACGAAGUUCCAAUUCAGAAGAUCAUUUUGUUGCAGUGACUCCAAAUCGAGCCCUAGACGAAAGUAAGCGACCUAUCUUUAUGGGUACCAAAGAUAAGAAAUAUGUUCUGAAUGUGAAGUCAGGUGAUCAGCCUCAGCUACAGUUAGUGGCGGGAGAUAUUAUGGAUCUUUAUAAAAAGAAGCAGCAAUCUGUGGAGUUCACUUUCUACAACCAGACCAGAGGCAGCGAAGUUACUUGCUCCUUUGAAUCAGCAGCUUCCCCUGGUUGGUUCCUCAGCACUGCUUCUGAGUCAAACAAACCUCUUGGUUUAAGUCAGGGAGGGGGUUCUGAUAUCACUCUUUUUUAUAUUGAAAAAAUAAAAUCAGAAUAGCUCAAAGAUGUUACUCUUGCUGAAAAGAAAGCUGUUCAUACCCAUUAGUGUGUCUUUCUGAAUUUAAUCU